AUUCUUGAAACCUAACUUUGAUUUUCUCCUCUGCAGCUUCUGGGCUGUGAUUCUUUUGAAUCUGAAGAAAAAUGGCAAAGCAAAGGGCGAAUGUGCCAAAAUUUGGCAACUGGGAAAACGAACAAAACGAUGUUUCUUACACAGUUUACUUCGACGGUGCAAGAAAAAAUAAGGGAGGAAAGAUGAUAAACCCAAACGAUCCCGAAGAGAAUCCGGAGAUGUUUGUUCAUCUAGAACCUUCGUCUCUUGUUGCCACCACUCCUCCUUCUCCUCCCCCAAAAUCGAGAGCUAGGCUAGAGAAGCCAUUUGGGAGGCGGACUAUUAGACCUGCCCCCGAGCAAAGAGAUGGUGAUGUUAGGAAAUUCAAUACUUCUUCGGGUAAGAAUGAAUCAAAUUAUGUUGGUCAUGGUAGCGGCCAAAGGUAUAGUAGCUCUACACGACCUAGUACUGCAAGCUCGGAGUCUAGCUUUGAGCAUUCGCCUCUCCACCCUCGAGCUAUGAGGCGAGGCAGCGAAUCUCCGACUUGGGAAGGUUCUAGAAGCCCAGAUAGUGGCCAUGGCACACCUUCUAGGUCACAUUUGAAGCCAACUCGUUCGGAUGAAGUUGCGAUAAAGAACAAAGACAAAGGAAAAGCUCAGGGUGCGUUGCCUCAAGUGACCGAAGCAGGAAUUCAGGACGCGAACAAAGGCAUGAUGUAUGAUGUGUUGUUUAAGGCCUAUACCAAAGACACAAGUACUAUGAAUCCGCAACAGCUAGAAGUACACUGGAAGAUGAUUGGAAAACUCCAGAAAGAAUUGGAUAUUAUCUAGGAGUUUAAUUACGUAUUCUUGAUAUUUUAAUAUUAUGUAACUUUGUCAUUUUUAAGAUUUUGAUCAUGUCAAUGCAACAAAAACAAUUGUUUAUAAUAAUGUCGUUGUUUG